CAUCGUAACGUCUAUAAGCUCAUCAACGAAAACACCAUUCAUUUUCUCCUAAUUCGUAUAUUCAUUUCUUGCUAACAAUAGCCAUCAACAAAAAGCGCAAGAGAAAACAAACGAAUGAUACCCAUUUCUUCUUCUUCACCACCUCUCUCUCUCUCUCCCGAUCUUUCAAUCGCUUAUUCUUCUGUUUCUACCUUCACUUUUAAAUUUCCCCUUAACUUCCCCCCUUUCUCCUCCUUUGUGGAAAUUUUUUUCAGGGUCCUUCGGGGGAAAAAUAAAGCGUUUUUCUUCUACUAUUAAAUUUGGGGUGGCUCCGUUCUGAGUGGCGGUAGCCAUCUCUCUUGGAGACCUGUUAUAAUAAUGACGGGUGGGAGUUCGUCCGAUAAUGAGUCGUCUCAACUGGCAGCGGCUCAUCUCCUCCGUAAUCAAGACAUGGAAGCUGGAAUCUCUGUUUCUCUUGAAACUGAUGGUGCUGCUGCAUCAGGAGUAGGAGGAGGAGGAGAGGAGAUGUUUGUGGAUCCUUUUUAUAUCACCACCACCAAGAAUGCACCCGUAGAAUCACUCAAACGAUGGAGGCAAGCAGCCCUGGUGCUUAAUGCCUCUCGUAGAUUCCGGUACACCUUGGACCUGAAAAAGGAAGAAGAAACUGAACAACAAAGACGAAUGAUUAGAGCUCAUGCACAAGUCAUCAGAGCAGCAUUGCUUUUCAAAUUGGCUGGACAGCGAGCAAUCGUGUUAGGUACAGCUGUAGCACCUCCAACUCCAUCUGGGGAAUAUGGAAUUGGGCUAGAGGAACUAGCUUCAAUGGGCAGGGAUCACAAUUCUUCUGCUUUACAACAAUACGGAGGGGUUAAUGGAUUAUCAGAGAUGUUGAAAACAAAUCUUGAUGCUGGAAUAACUGGUGAAGAAGGUGAUUUGACAGGGCGAAAGAAUGCUUUUGGAUCUAAUACAUACCCAACUAAGAAAGGGCGGAAAUUUUGGAAUUACCUAUGGGAUGCUUGGCAAGAUCUAACUCUCAUCAUUCUGAUGGUAGCUGCUGCUGCAUCAUUGACACUCGGAAUCAAAACAGAGGGUCUCAAGGAAGGUUGGUAUGACGGUGGAAGCAUUGCAUUUGCUGUUAUUCUCGUGAUAUUUGUUACAGCAACUAGUGAUUAUAAGCAAUCCCUCCAAUUUCAGAAUUUGAAUAAAGAGAAGCGAAAUAUACAGCUCGAGGUUAUAAGAGGUGGAAGGAGAGAAAAGAUUUCAAUAUUCAAUAUCGUUGUUGGUGAAAUUAUACCACUUAAGAUUGGUGAUCAGGUACCUGCUGAUGGAAUCUUAAUUAGUGGUCAUUCUCUAGCCAUAGAUGAAUCUUGCAUGACUGGAGAAUGUGAUCUCGUUAAUAAAAAUCAAAAGGCACCGUUCUUGAUGUCUGGUUGCAAGGUUGCAGAUGGCGCGGGGACUAUGCUGGUCACUGGUGUUGGGAUCAAUACAGAGUGGGGAUUGCUUAUGGCAAGUAUCUCUGAAGAUACCGGUGAAGAGACUCCAUUACAGGUGCGUCUGAAUGGUGUUGCAACUUUUAUCGGAAUAGUUGGGAUGACAGUAGCUCUUUUUGUACUUGUAGUCCUCUUAGCUAGGUGGGUAUAUUUAUUUUUAUUUUGGAUGGUUAUGGAUUUCAUGGUAUAUGAUCUUAUUCUAUACUAUUCUAGAUUCUUCACGGGAAAUUCAAGAGAUGAUAAUGGCAAUGUUGAAUUUAUCCGUGGAAAGACAUCUAUUGGUGAUGCAGUUGAUGGUGCCAUAAAGAUAAUUACAAUUGCAGUCACCAUUGUGGUUGUUGCUGUCCCAGAAGGACUUCCUUUGGCUGUUACAUUGACGCUAGCCUAUUCAAUGAGGAAAAUGAUGGCAGACAAGGCCUUGGUAAGGAGGCUUUCAGCUUGUGAAACUAUGGGCUCUGCAACAACUAUUUGCAGCGAUAAGACAGGCACUUUGACUCUAAAUCAGAUGACUGUUGUUGAGGCUUAUGUUGGCGGAAAGAAGAUUAAUCCACCCGAUGACAUUUCUCAAAUCAGUGCUGCAGUCUCCUCUCUACUAAAAGAUGGAAUUGCACAAAAUACAACUGGAAGUGUUUUUCCCUCUAAGGAUGGUGCUGGAAUAGAUAUUUCUGGGUCGCCUACAGAAAAAGCCAUCCUUCAAUGGGGUGUGAAGAUAGGGAUGGAGUUUGAUUCUGUCAGAUCAAAAUCCAAAAUUCUUUACGUCAGCCCAUUCAAUUCUGAGAAAAAAAGAGGAGGUGUUGCUUUAAGGCAGUCCAACUCUGAAGUUCAUAUACAUUGGAAAGGAGCUGCUGAAAUGGUCCUUGCCGCAUGUACAGGAUACCUUGAUAUUAAUGGUUCCUUGCAGUCCAUUGAUAAGGAGAAGGCUUCCCUCAAGAAUGCUAUCGAUGCCAUGGCUGCAAAAAGUUUACGAUGUGUCGCUAUUGCAUACAGAAAAUGUGAAAAUGACAAAGUUCCUAACCAAGCUGAGGAACUACAGAAUUGGGCAAUGCCCGAAGAUGAGCUGGUUAUGCUUGCUAUUGUUGGGAUAAAGGACCCUUGCCGGCCUGGUGUCAAAGAAGCAGUGAAGAUAUGUAAAGAUGCUGGUGUUAAGGUACGCAUGGUCACUGGUGAUAACAUUCAAACAGCCAAAGCCAUUGCCAUCGAGUGCGGAAUACUUGAUCCGAAUACAGAUACCUCGGAACCUGUUGUUAUUGAAGGAAAGACAUUCCGCCAAUUAUCUGAAAAAGAAAGGGAAAACAUUGCAAAGAGAAUAUCGGUUAUGGGAAGGUCUUCUCCUACUGAUAAGCUUUUACUUGUCCAAGCAUUGCGUAAAGGAGGGGAUGUUGUUGCUGUAACUGGUGAUGGAACUAAUGAUGCUCCUGCCCUCCACGAGGCUGACAUUGGCCUUUCCAUGGGUAUCCAAGGAACUGAAGUUGCAAAAGAGAGUUCCGACAUCAUCAUCUUGGAUGAUAAUUUUGCUUCUGUUGUAAAGGUUGUAAGGUGGGGUCGUUCAGUAUACGCAAAUAUUCAGAAAUUUAUCCAGUUCCAGCUGACCGUGAACGUUGCAGCACUUGUCAUUAAUGUUGUGGCAGCAAUUACAGCUGGUGACGUACCUUUAAAUGCAGUCCAGCUUUUGUGGGUUAAUCUUAUCAUGGACACUCUUGGAGCUUUGGCAUUGGCUACUGAACCACCAACCGAUAGUCUGAUGAAAAGAUCACCAGUUGGUCGAAGGGAACCUCUAAUCACAAAUAUCAUGUGGAGAAAUUUGUUUAUUCAGGCUUUAUAUCAAGUUAUCGUCCUCCUUAUUAUGAACUUCUCCGGGAGAUCUAUUCUUAACUUAAAUAGUGAUGAACAUUCUAACAAAUUGAUAAAUACAUUGAUUUUCAAUACAUUUGUCCUAUGUCAAAUAUGCAACGAGUUCAAUGCGCGAAAGCCUGAUCAGUUCAAUGUGUUCAAAGGAAUUACCCAAAACCGUCUCUUCAUGGCAAUAGUUGGAACAACAUUUAUACUUCAGAUCGUUAUUAUAGAGUUUCUUGGACACUUUGCAUCAACAGUCAGGCUUAGUUUGGGGCAAUGGAUUUUAUCCAUGGUUAUCGGUCUAGUCAGUUUUCCGCUUGCACUGGCUGGAAAACUCAUCCCAGUACCGAGGACUCCUUUUAUUAAGGUUUUCUUGAAACCAUACGAGAGAUGCAUACGCGCUCGAACAAGAUAA